AUGAUGGGAGCCAAUGAUGGGAGAAGAACGCCUUUAAUGAAUCUUGGGGUUCAAGUGUCGAUGAGAGUGUUAGCCAUUGGCACUGCAUUGACCUCCAUGGGGCUCAUGAUCACUAACCAUGAACUCGCCUCUGUUUAUGGCAUUAAUUUUGAGGCUCAAUAUGACUACUCAUCUGCCUUUAGAUAUUUGGUGUACGCAGAGAUAGCUAUCUCAGGCAUGACAAUUUUUACGCUCGUAUGGGCUUGUUUAGCUGUCCGUAGAAGAGGACUUGUAUUUGCACUCUUCUUCUUUGAUUUGCUAACGACGCUGACGGCUAUAUCGGCUUUCUCUGCGGCUAUGUCGGAUGGUUACAUCGGAAAGUACGGUAAUACACACGCCGGGUGGCUUCCGAUAUGUGGCUACGUACAUAAUUACUGUAACCGUGUUACUCUCUCACUCGCAUUAUCCUUCGCUUCUUUUAUCCUCUUGUUCAUCCUUACUGUCUUAACUGCCUCAGCUGCUCGUCAUUACUGA